CCAAUACUUCGUUUAGGUACCAAGAAAGUUAGUUUCUCAUCUUCCAUAUACCUAUACCUCAUAUUUACUACUUAUGGCUAUAUUCGGGAAACUGACAAAGCUCAAGUCAGCCAUAAAGAAAUGGCCUUCCUUGACGAAGAACCACCAUUCAACCACCGUGUCCACCGCCUCCGAUGGCUCAAAGUGCGACGAUCUCCAUAUGGUUUACGUCGGAAAGUCACGAAGACCGUACAUGCUUAGUUCCCACAUCAUUGCUCAUCCGCUUUUCCAAGAACUACUUGAUCGGUCUUCGAGAUUCAUAGAAGAGCGUCACGAUCAAGAGACUGUACUAGUAGCUUGCGAAGUCGUAUUGUUCGAGCACCUGUUAUGGAUGCUCAAAAACAGUUGCUCCGAUCUCGGCGAUGAUGAUGACGAUCGCGAAAAAGGAUCCGUCGAGGAGUUGGCUGAGUUCUAUACUUACUGACGGCGGAGUACGUACAAUUUACUAUUCCACAUGAUCCAAAUGCGGCCACAAAACCAUUUUCUUUGCUUUGGAUAUUUUUCCCCGAGCAUUUAUUUAGAUUAACUAGUAGUCUUAACUAAUAUUAUAAUUAAUUAUGUCUAAUAUACUAAUAAUCAAAUCCAUAAAAUGAUGAUAUUGUAA